GCAGCCCGGCAGCCCCGCACGCCAUGAGCGCGGCGGGCGGGAAGGCGGCGCGGCCGGCGGCGCUGGCGGAGCCGCCCCGCACGGAGCCGGCCCGGGCGGCGGCGGCGGGAGGGAAGGAGGUGCCCAAGGUGCUCGUGGACCCGCGCACCCGGCGCAGCUUCGUGCGCGGGCGCUUCCUGGGCAAGGGCGGCUUCGCGCGGUGCUACGAGCUGGCCGAGGCCGAGAGCCGGGAGGUGUUCGCGGGGAAGGUGGUGCCCAAGUCGCUGCUGGUGAAGCCGCAUCAGAAGGAGAAGAUGUCCAUGGAGAUCGCCAUCCACCGCAGCCUCUCCCAUCGUCACGUCGUCGGCUUCCAGGGCUUCUUCGAGGACGCUGACUUUGUCUACGUCGUGCUGGAGCUCUGCCGCCGCAGGUCGCUGCUGGAGCUGCACAAGCGGCGGAAGGCGCUGAGCGAGCCCGAGGUGCGGUACUACCUGCGCCAGACCAUCCUGGGCUGCCAGUACCUGCACAGCCACCGCGUCAUCCACCGCGACCUCAAGCUGGGCAACCUGUUCCUCAGCGACGACAUGGAGGUGAAGAUCGGUGACUUUGGCCUGGCCACCAAGGUCGAGUACGAUGGUGAACGCAAGAAGACCCUGUGUGGGACACCCAACUAUAUCGCCCCAGAGGUGCUGGGCAAGAAGGGUCACAGCUUUGAGGUGGACAUCUGGUCCAUCGGCUGCAUCAUGUACACUCUGCUGGUGGGGAAACCUCCCUUUGAGACUUCUUGUCUAAAGGAAACGUACCUCCGGAUCAAGAAGAACGAGUAUACCAUUCCUAAGCACAUCAACCCCGUGGCAGCGAACCUCAUCCAGAAGAUGCUGAGGUCCGACCCUGCCACGCGCCCGACCAUCGACGAGCUGCUGAAUGACGAGUUCUUCACCUCGGGCUACAUCCCCAGCCGCCUGCCCACCAGCUGCCUCACGGUCGCACCCCGGUUCUCCAUCGCUCCCAGCGGGAUGGAGCUGGGGCGGAAGCCGCUGACGGCACUCAACAAAGGACUGGACAGCCCUGCACUGGAGAACUUGCCGGACAAGGAGGAAGCGGCGGGGCUGCGGGAGGUGGGAGAUGCUAUCACCUGCCACCUGGCUGACAUGUUGCAGCAGCUGACAGCAGUGAAUGCAGCCAAGCCCUCUGAGAGAGUGGCUGUGAGACAAGAAGAAGCUGAGGACCCAGCCUGCAUUCCCAUCUUCUGGGUUAGCAAAUGGGUGGACUACUCAGAUAAAUAUGGACUAGGUUACCAACUGUGUGACAACAGUGUCGGGGUUCUCUUCAACGACUCCACUCGCCUCAUCAUGUACAAUGACGGGGACAACCUGCAGUACAUUGAGCAGAACAGCACCGAGUCCUACUUCACUGUGAGGUCCUACCCCUCCACUCUGAACAAGAAGAUAACACUACUGAAGUACUUCCGGAACUACAUGAGUGAGCACCUGCUGAAGGCAGGAGCCAACAUCACACCGCGGGAGGGGGACGAGCUGGCCCGCCUGCCCUACCUCUGCACCUGGUUCCGGACCCGCAGCGCCAUCAUCCUGCACCUCAGCAACGGCACCGUGCAGAUCAACUUCUUCCAGGACCACACCAAGGUCAUCCUGUGCCCUCUCAUGGCUGCUGUCACAUACAUCGAUGAGAAACGGGACUUCCGCACGUACAAGCUGAGCCUGAUCGAGGAGCACGGCUGCUGCAAGGAGCUGGCCAGCCGGCUGCGCUACGCCCGCACCAUGGUGGAGAAGCUCCUCAGCUCCAAGUCUGGCUCGGGCAGAGUGAAGCCCUCUGCUUAGACCUUGUUCUUGCUGGACUCAGCAUCUGUGCCAAACUGCUCAGCUGUGG